GGAAUCAAAAGAUCAGACAGACGCAUGGCCAUCCACGCCCACAGCAUCAGUGUUCAUUCACUCUAUAUAUAAACCCUCUCAAGGAAACCUACACGCCAAAUCAGCCUAACAGAAAUUCAGUGGAGUGAGAGAGCAUGAAGACCUCAGGCUCAGGGAAGAGCAACAAAAGCAAUGUCAAGUCGGACGCCAGGAAAGAUCGGAGAUCGGCUACCGGCAUGAGCGGAUCGCCCAAGAAAGGAGGUCACGGAGGCAAGUUCACGUGGUCCGGCGAUGGCUACUCGCCGGCAGAGAUCGGGUUUCAGACCGAGACUGUGGAUGCCAGGGAUCCAAAUUUCGAAGAUCCUGAAGAAGUCCAGACCGUUUGAUCACUCGAAAUCGUAAUCCUCAUGAUGAUCGCGAGAUUGUAAAUAUUUCUGCUCUAUUUUUCCUCAGCGGAUGUAAUUAGCAAAAUAAACUGUAAUGCGAUUAUCUGUGAUGAAUGAUUAUGGUGUUUUGAUGAGUUUCUGUUAUUUUAGCCAAAGCAAACUCUAAUAAUCCCCCUCCUCUUUUUCCUUGAAACAAGAAAGAUGAAAUUGCAAG